CCACGAACAAGCCUUUGGGUUCAAACCAAGGUGCACAUCAUCCACUGCUAACAGGAUUCAGCCACCCCCGACCGAGGGUCCGAUGUUUGUCGGGAGCAGAGAAUCAAUCAGCAGCGCAAGUUCAGUCUUCCCACAAGGCCAAGAAGUUUGAGGGGCAACGCCUUGCAGGUGAAGCCUCAAUGCUUUGCAGGAGCAAACAGUUCAAUAGAAUCAACCAAACUACUAGAUUACUAGAUUGACUCUGAUAGAUUCUGGAAGUAUUCACAAAUGACUGAGCUCCCAUUGCAAUUCCGCCAUUUUCCAGGUUACAGUGACAACAGGUGUUUCGCAGCUUUCCUAGGAAGCCGUUUUCCGAGGCGCACAUGGGAUCCGUGAGGAUCUGCCAUCGAGUCGCACAGCGAAGCCCCCACGUGUUCCAUGACGACUGUCAUGGGCAGUCUCAACUCCAGUUCCCUCGUGCUCGCUGUCUUCCCUAAGCCUCUUUUAACCGUCAGCAUUCAUUGAAUUGCCCGGGGAUGAUUUUCAGCAUGUGACAUACCCAGAUGAUUUUCAGCCAGCUUGUCCAAAAGGGACGACCGCGAACAGCACGGAUGAUGGAUGAAUGAAAGUUUGGCAUCCCAUGAAGAGUGCUGCUGGCAGUUCGGUGUCUCCAGUGUGAAGGACUACGUCCACUGAGAUUGACUCCAGGUACUGAAGCCGCCUGCCACACGUUCUGCCACGUCGGUGCCGGAAUGCACAGUCGGUACCUGGGCGUUGAGGUGCUUGGCUGGAUCGAAUCGCUCGGAAGGGGCGGGUUUCCGGUAGGUCAAGCAAGGCAUCCUGGUUUUGAUCCACAACCAUAUGUCCACCUGGAGAACGGAGACACCGGGAUUUUGGGCACUGCGGUGGCUUGCCGUGGGGGGCCGGGACUGCUUGAAGAAGGGCACGGUGGAACGGCAGCGUGGAGGCAUGGAGACAUCCUGCUUCGUAACAUCUUUUCCAACCUGCUAGCGAUGGCCUCCAACCUAAGAGCGAUGCAACCUAAGGGCACGGUAGAGGCAUGGCUGGGCACCUCCACAUGGUCAGCCACAGGGCUUUGUACAUUGUCCAGCUAGGUUCUACACGGAGCAGUGCUGGGAGAUUUUCAUGCCUUUGGACAAGUGCAGACUUGGUGCAAGACGGAAGUGAUGUUUCAUUUAGCUCCUCAGACUUUGGCUUUGCCAAGCUUGUGUCCAUCCUAGCCUUCUUUGCUUCAGUUGAGACUCGCGUAAGUGUAGGACUCAUCCCCGAAAUCCCUGACCCAAACCGAUCUCACACGUCGUCCGCUCUCGGCGCGGGAAUGGCCGGCCCUCCUAAGAGCAAGCAUGUUCUGUAGGCGAUGUGGACAAAUAAUACUGUAGACGCUUGCGCAACGUUGGCGUUGUGUGUGGACAGGGAGAUUUGAACCUUUUCUGUCUGGGAGGCUCCUAUGAAUAUUCUGAGACAAACCAAUGAAUCUGGAACAUCAGUCACAAGGCCAGUGUUUGUAAACCCUGCUUGGAGUUGAAGUGGGAAGCCGGUUGAUGACGACCGUAAAACUUUCAGAAAAAUGUUGCGCCUUGGAAGACAAGUGGAAGGCCAGGGGUGAGCCCAGCGGCUGCAGUGAUGGAAGUGCUUGGGCUUUUUCGCCUCUUGAGCUGCAGUAUCAGUGGGGCAGGUAGACAAAGGCUGCAGACUCUGCAGACUUAUGCUUUGUGGCCACGGCUGGUCUGCGAGCGCCGCACCGUGAAACCAAAGAGUUCGCAGCGGCCUCAGUUUUUGUUGUAGCGGUUCUUCUUCAGACUGCGUGAGUGCAAGUUUGGCUCACCUUCGAGUGGAAGUUAGCUGUUCUUGUUCAGACCUCGUGUAUCCUUCAUGUGCUCUGAUACCAGUGUUUUAGGAUGUUUUAGGUCCUCCUGGACUCAGCUUCCAACACUGGCGACCUUGAGAUGAGGAAGAGCUGUAACUCGUGGCGCGAGUUGGCCCGGUGUGCCGAGCGAACUCAUUUGGACAAGUUUGCACCUUUCAGUUCAGAGGUGCAACAGAGACACAGAGUUCACGUCGCACACACUCUAGAUGCUGAAGUUAUGCUUCCCCACUUCAGAUUUGAGCAGUCACUUGCAGGUGUGAAGCAUUGAAAGCAAGACAAAACUGUUUUGUGACCGCCGCAAAGCGUGGCUGUCUUUUCGACUGGGCAUUCCAUGUCUGGAGGUGAAGCCGCAACAAGCCAUGCCAGGAACAAGCCUUUGGGUCCAAACUAAGAUGCGCAUCAUCCACUGCUAGCAGGAUUCGGCCACCCCCGACCAAGGGUCAGGUGUUGUCAGCCGUAGGGGUGUGGCAGUUUCGGUGCGUCUAGCUGCACCUGUGGGAGCCGAGAAUCAAUCAGCAGCGCAAGUUCAGGGUCAAUGUCUUGCAGGUGAUGCAUUGAAGAGAUAGCUCAUGCCAGGCGGCGAGCUUUCCGAACUGGAAGAUUCAGAAGGGCAGCUCCCAGUGCGCGUGGUGUGAAAGUUGAUGGUGAACUUCUCUUAUUGGACGACCAAGUGGUGGAGUGAUCCAAGGAUUAGAUGUGUACUGAUGUGUAUGGGUCUGUCUCAGCGACAAAGUUUCUGUUUUCCUUCCUUUCUCAGAGGAUACCCCUCAUUUGACACAGAAGCCUUUUUGAGCCGUCGGUUUCUUGGUUUGUCAAGUUGGGCUGUGACCAAGUUGCAGAACCGGCGGCAUUAGGCUUCCACAUAGCCUGAAGAGGCGAUAGACUGAUGAUAAACCGAUGUUUCCAUGCUUUGCCAGGUUGAGCUUGUCUCACGCAUGUCGCAAGCAGUUCCAAUGCUCUUCUCUUACAGUAUCGCGAUGUAGAGUGACUUGUUCAGAAGAUUCUUAUUGUUUGUCCUUUGUUGGUAAGGGUGCUUGUGCAUCAAUUUCUCGGUGUACUGCCAAGGAUGCAGGCCGGGAAGGAACCCCUGAUGAAUUUGCCCAGCUUUUGUUUCCACACUAUGCUUGCAGCCAGAAAGCAGAGCCUUAAAGGGUUGGUAGCGGUGGACCGCAGCAACUUCUGACAGUUCCUUGGAAUGGUUUUGCACUUUGCAAAGAAAUGCUGCGGAAGUAGUGGCUUCCUUGCGACAGUUCGAUUGCCUGACAGCUUGGCUGCCACUCCUGGGAAGAAGACCACCUUUGCUUCCUCUUCCAUGCUCUUCAUGUUUUUCUCCGGGUGCAGCUGCACUUGAAGGCUCAUGGCACCCAGCGCAACCCAGCGUAGAAAUAUGGUGCGAUCUGUAUUGUUCAUGUGACACUUAUCUCUUAACCUUACCUGCUGAACUCCUGGCCAGCGAAGCUCGGUUCCAUCCCUGUUCCCCAGCCGAAGGCGUCAAACACGCAGAAACAUCCUUGGACAAGCCAAAAGUUGAAAGUUUUGGAUUGAUGCGCCCAACUUUGCAGUUGGGCAUAUUUUGCCGUGUUAUUCUUCCAUGCUGAUCUCGUCUCACACAUGUCGCAAGCAGUUCCAAUAGUCUUCUCUUACAGUAUCGCGAUGUAGAGUGACUUGUUCAGAAGAUUCUUAUUGUUUGUCCUUUGUUGGUAAGGGUGCUUGUGCAUCAAUUUCUCGGUGUACUGCCAAGGAUGCGGGCCAGGAAGGAACCCUUGAUGAAUUUGCCCAGCUUUUGUUUCCACACCAUGCUUGCAGCCAGAAAGCAGAGCCUUCAAAGGUUGGUAGCGGGAGGCCGCAGCAUUUUCUGACAGUUCCUUGGAAUGCCUUUGCGCUUUGAAAAGAAAUGCUGCGGAAGUAGUGGCUGCCUGGCAACAGCUCGAUUGUAUUCGAUUGCCUGACAGCUUGGCUGCCACUCCUGGGAAGAAGACCACCUUUGCUUCCUCUUCCAUGCUCUUCAUGUUUUUCUCCGGGUGCAGCUGCACUUGAAGGCUCAUGGCACCCAGCGCAACCCAGCGUAGAUAUAUGGUGCGAUCUGUAUUGUUCAUGUUUAGGCAUAUUUUGCCGUGUUAUUCUUCCAUGCUGAUCUCGUCUCACACAUGUCGCAAGCAGUUCCAAUACUCUUCUCUUACAGUAUCGCGAUGUAGAGUGACCUUUUCAGAAGAUUCUUAUUGUUUGUCUUUUGUUUGCGAGGGUACUUGUGCAUCAAUUUCUCGCUGUACUGCCAAGGAUGCGGGCCAGGAAGGAACCCCUGAUGAAUUUGCCCAGCUUUUGUUUUCACAACAUGCUUGCAGUAAGAAAGCAGAGCCUUAAAAGGUUGGUAGCUGUGGGCCGCAGCAACUUCUGACAGUUCCUUGGAAUGCCUUUGCGCUUUGCUAAGAAGUGCUGCGGAAGUAGUAGCUGCCUGGCGACAGCUCGAUUAUUUGAUGGCUUGGCUGCCACUCCUGGAAAGAAGACCACCUUUGCUCCCUCUUCCAUGCUCUUUAUGUUGUGCUCCGAGUGCAGCUGCGCUUGAAAGCUCAUGGCGCCCAGCGCAACCCAGCGUAGAAAUGUGGUGCGAUUUGUAUUGUUCAUGUGAAACUUGUCUCUUAACCCCACCUGCUGAACUCCUGCCCAGCGAAGUUCGACUCCAUCCCUGUUGCACAGACACAGCCAGAGUCGCUAACCAAGAGUUGAACAGCGUUGGAUUGACGCGCGCAACUUUUGCAGUUGGGCAUAUCUCCCUGUGUUAUUCUUCCACAUGUUGCAGGCAGUUGCCACAGGCUCUGGACAAAUCCCCCGCACUCCUCUGGGCGGCAAUUGGUUUUAAAGCCGCGCAGAGUUGGAGGAGGAACUUGAGAAACAACAGCCCUUGCACUGCCCUGUCAGCUUUCCGCUGGCCUUCCAAUAGACCAACCAUGGUGAAA